GUGAGGCGGAGGUGGGUAGACUAGACUGAAGAGUCUGACUGAGAAGCCGCCGGAGACAGAGCCUGACCUGAGCUGAUCGAUACAGUUGCAGGUUUGGAUCUUUGGGUACUACAGGAGCUGCUCUCCAGCCCCUUCUGGACCUAUGGAUUCCCCAUCUAGCGUUUCUUCUUAUUCCUCCUCCUCUCUCUCUCCUUUUUCCACCUCCCCAGUGAACAGUGACUUUGGCUUCCCCUCCGAUAGUGAGAGGGAGGACAAGGGAGCCCUGGGGCCCCGGCCAGACACUUUUGGGCAGAGGGGAGGUUCCCAGCCCAGUCCGGGACCUAUCCGAUUCAGGCAUCGAACCAAGAUUUUCAGUAGCCAACAUACGGCAUCUCACCUGGAACAGCAAGGCUUGGCUUCUCCUAUGUCAGGAUCUGGGGUCAAAAGAUCAAGACCUGGUGAAUUGGAGACCAGUCAGAAUACCCAAAGUUGUACCACAGAGGGAGACCUUCUCUUUGCUCAGAAGUGUAAAGAGCUCCAAGGAUUCAUUCGCCCUCUUACGGACCUACUGAAUGGGCUGAAGAUGGGCCGCUAUGAAAGAGGAUUGAGCAGUUUCCAGCAGAGUGUGGCAAUGGACAGGAUCCAGCGUAUUGUGGGUGUUUUGCAGAAGCCUCAGAUGGGGGAGCGUUAUCUAGGAACCCUGCUACAGGUAGAAGGGAUGUUAAAGACUUGGUUUCCUCAUAUAGCUGUCCAGAAGUCAUCACUGAGAAGCAGCAGGCACCAGAAGACUAAGCAUUUUCCCAGCCAUCACAGAGAUUCAGCUGCUUCUUCUCCUGUACCUCCCGUGGAGAAGAUGGGUCAGACACAGCUAGGACAUUUCAUUUUGAAACCAAAGCAGCCUUGGCAGGUUACGGAAUGGCCAGCUAUGAACCUCACCUGGAUUCACACCACUCCAAUUUGUAAUCCCCCUCUUAGUUCCCCAGGUACCAUCUCCUUUAGCCAUGGUCCCUUAGACAGUGGAACCAGCAUUGGUGUCAUCCUUUUCCUCCCACAUGGAAUGCAGCCAUUCACCUACUCGGCUCCAACCACUCCAGUUCCAUCUACUACAGUGCCUCCUGUUGUUCCUGGUGAUCUUAAGAAACUAUCUGGAGAGGGGCCUCGUUGUCACAGCUUGCCAGUAACUCUGUCAUCAGAUUGGAACUUCACCCUCUCACCUCCUGGUCCACCCACCAUAGCCAGGGAGAUGGCUAUGGGACACCUAGAGGACCAGAUGAGAAGCUCUCUGCCAAUUGCUCCCAAGGCUCAUCUCCUCAACCCCUAACCCAGGCUAUAUACCUGUCCCAUGUGAUUAUGUAAAUAUGUAUUUUUUACUUUUAAUGUAUUUGUGUUGAGGGAAGAGAAAUUCUUUCUGAUUAAAGAGCUGUAUUUUUUUUUUUACUCAA